CACACACACACACACUAAGAAGGAUCGAGCUGAGGCCAUUGGGUUUUGACAGCUGGCGGCUACGCGCAUGCGCAUAACGUCGCCCAGGGAGGAAGCGAUCAAGAUCGAGCGAGCAGAGCACGAAAAGCCGGAGCCGGAGCCGUCGGGCGCGCGCGCCCCCGAGUCGUCUUCUUUUAUUGAAUCAAUAAUAAUAAUAAUAAUGUCCGUCUCGCCGUUGCCGGUUCCGCUCAGGUGUCCGUCACCCGGGGCUUGAAUGGCGUUGGUCACUGUCCAGAGGUCGCCUACUCCGAGCGCGACAUCCAGCCCGUGCGUUUCGGAGUCUGGCAGCGGGGAGGAUGAUCGCCGAUCUCAGCCCCGAAGCAUCAGCGAGAACUUUCUAACAGUGAAAGGCGCCGCGCUCUUCCUCCCGCGGGGAAAUGGCUCCUCCUCGUCGUCCGUCUGCUCCACGCGGAUUACAGGGCAGCGCAACAAGCAUGCGGGAGAUCUUCAGCAGCACCUGCAGACCAUGUUCACCCUGCUCCGGCCAGAGGACAACAUCCGUCUGGCGGUGCGGUUGGAAAGCGUGCGCCCUCAAUGCACACGCUACAUGGUUGUAGUGACCACGAACGGACGGCAGGACACGGAGGAGAGUGUGGUGCUGGGCAUGGACUUCAGCCCCUCAGACAGUUCCUGUUCCAUAGGCCUGGUGCUUCCUCUCUGGAGUGACACACUGAUCCAUUUGGAUGGAGAUGGGGGUUUCAGUGUAUCCACAGAUAACAGGAUCCACGUUUUCAAGCCCGUCUCAGUCCAGGCCAUGUGGUCGGCCCUGCAGUCUCUUCAUAAGGCAUGCGAGGUAGCACGCUGCCAUAACUACUUCCCAGGCAGCCUCUUCCUGACCUGGGUCAGCUACUACCAGAGCCGCAUGUCCUCGGACCAGGUGCACAUCAACGAGUGGAACGCCAUGCAGGACGUGCAGUCUCACCGUGCCGACUCGCCUGUGCUCUUCUCCGACGUGCCAAACGAGCGAGAGAGAACGGAGAGACUGAUCAAGACACGCCUGAGAGAGAUCAUGAUGCAGAAAGACUUGGAGAAUGUCACCUCUAAAGAGAUCCGCACCGAGCUGGAAAUGCAGAUGGGGUGUAACCUGCGUGAGUUUAAGGAGUACAUCGAUAAUGAGAUUAUUGUCAUCCUGGGUCAGAUGGACAGUCCCACUGAGAUCUUCGAGCACGUGUACCUGGGUUCAGAAUGGAACGCCUCGAAUCUGGAAGAGCUACAGAACAGCGGGGUUCAGUACAUCCUCAACGUGACCCGGGAGAUCGAUAACUUCUUCCCGGGUCUGUUCGAGUACCACAACAUCCGCGUGUACGACGAGGAGGCGACCGAUUUGCUGGCGUACUGGAACGACACGUAUAAAUUCAUCUCCAGGGCGAAGAAAGCAGGAGCCAAGUGUCUGGUGCACUGUAAGAUGGGCGUGAGCCGCUCGGCCUCCACUGUGAUCGCCUACGCCAUGAAGGAGUACGGCUGGGACCUGGAGCAAGCCUUCGACUACGUCAAAGAGCGCCGUGCCGUCACCAAACCCAACCCGUCCUUUAUGAGGCAGCUGGAGGAGUAUCAGGGCAUCCUGUUGGCCAGCAGGCAGAGGCACAACAAGUUGUGGCGUUCCCAUUCCGACAGCAACCUCUCUGAUCACCACGAGCCCCUGGUCAAAACCCCCGCAGCGCAGUCGCUCGGCCGCUCGAACCCCCGCAACCUGAACAGCACCCAGGCGUCACCAUCUCUCCAGGAGCUGCUCCAGACUCUCAGCCCUUCCUUGGGAACUGCAGGAGGGAAAAGAGUCAGCGAGCAUGAAGCGCCUUUCUCAAACGGGCUCGGAAACUCUGCAGAAAGCCUCGCCGCCGAGGAACCGUCUGUUUUCCUUAAACCCAGAGCAGCUACAGUAGUGCCUGGUACGCGGCCCACUUCGGCGCCCGUGAUAGUAGCGGAAACGGUUCCGGUGAGCCGGCCUUAUCCUCCCGCUGCUCUUCAUCACCCUGCCUCAUCGCCGACACAUCAGCCUGACACAGAGGCCAAAGCACUCAGUCACGAGCAGCCAGAGGCGUCUUCUCCUUCCAGAACCGGGUGCGUUAGGAGCCGAACCCCCGAGCCAAGCAGACAAGCUCCCAACUCGGCCUCAGCUGCAGGGCAGCACACACAGGUGCCUGAGCUUAGGCAAAAAUUCAGCCAGCAAGUGCCUGACACAGAAGUGGACUGUCCAGGGCAAGGUCACGCCAAGGACGAUAAUCACCACCAACACCCCAGUGCCACAAUACAGGAAGCGGCCCUUUCUGCCUCCUCUCCGCCAGCUCAGAGCCCUGACCGCAUCGAUUUCUUCAGUGCCAGAGAGAAAUUCCUCGGCCUCUCUCAGGAGGCACAAAGCCGGGGCAUUUCUGAGCAGACGCUUCGAGAUAAAUGUCCGAACCAGGAGUCGAAGCUCGGGAUUCCUGAACACUCCGUUAAAGGGGAGGAUGAUCAGAAAAAGGAGAACUGCAGUGUUUCGGUUUAUAACACAGUCUCAGAACUGGAGUCCGCGAGGCCCAGCGUAACUUCUCCCCCUCCCCCUGCCAGCCAACCGGAUUCCAGUAGCUUAAAGGAGGAGGAGGAGCUAGUCAAAAACUCACCGGAAGUGGAGAAGGUGGAGCUCCACGAGGCGCUCCAAAGUGACUGGUCAAAGGGUACAGUGCGGCGAGCCACCAGGCAGCUAGAACAGAAGAUGAAGCAAGACGUUUCAUCGUCAACGCUGCUACAGAGUGCUCUCGGCUGUCCUUUUGAUCAUCCCGUGCUCAGCACCAGCAGCAGAGACAGAACCGAGAACACUUCAUCUGAUUUAGACCUCUUCCUUGAUUUGAGCACUGUGCCAGCCCACCACCAUCAGCCUGAUGAAACAGCAGCGAUAAAGGAGCAGAUGGAGGAGCUUUUACCUGUAGAGGAAGGGAUGGGGAAAGGGUAUAAAAUAAGACUCAGGGAAGAAGAGCUUGAACACACUGGAUUCCUCGAGACGAACGCGAGCCUCUCAGACUUGAAGCAAAGCCAUUCCAGGUGUUCUUCAGAAGCGCUUUUUCAGCUCGAGGGUGUCACAGAGAAAGAGACAAGCACUGACUGGCUUUCUCAAGACCACCUGAGAGAGACGUGCGAGACUUUGAGGCAGCUCGGCGCGUUUCUCCACCAGCUGCGUGGCGGAUCAGACAGGAGGCUCAGCCAGCCGUGGGCUGGAAACCAACCGAAAAGAGAGUGGAGCAUUCAAGAUCGAGCCAGAGAGGUCGAGGCGAGAAUGCGUCAAGCUGGCCUGACCCCUCCCUCACUGAUUAAGAGAUCAGCCUCACUGGCUAAGCUCGGCUCCCUCGACCUGUUGGCUGACGAUCUGAGCGAACUGGAGCGUAGUCCCGUGCCGUCCCCCUCGUCACAACCGUCGUCUCCGUGCCCUGCGAAGCCACGCCCUCACUCUUUUACCGACGAUACCUCAAAAAAGAAGCGGGUUCUACCCAGGCGUACACCCUCCCUCCCUCCGACUUGCACAAUUCGCCUCCCUUCUACUGGAUCGCAAAACUGCCAGGCCGCACGAGUUCAGCACAAGGUCUCCCCGCCACUGCCAGACUCACCGUCAUCCAGCGAGUGCUGUAGGCGAGGAAAGGUCCCCGAUCCAGCGUCCACUCCGGUGCCAGCGCCUGCCUUAAUCUCCGUGGCGACUCGGCAGCAGUAUGGAAGGACUCACCCCUUGAGGAGGCUUAAAAAACGAACCUCGAACUCCUACUAUCACACCAUGUGACCCAGGCUGUUGUUUUUAAUUGUGUUUGUGCUGCGUGCAUGGUAUUGUGUUGUUGUUUUUUUCACAUACCUCAGUGGGCCUUACAAAUUUAAAUAAAACUGCCGGUUGGCUUUCGGAGGCUGAUCAUCAGAUACACAAUUAGAGGUCGACCGAUUGUGGAUUUUACUGAUGCUAGGAUCAAAGCUGUGCACCUUUUUGCCGAUAAUCGAUAAAUCAAGCGAUAGUUUUUAAAAUAGACACUGGAAAAAUGUAUUACAAAAAAAAACAAUACUAAAUCAUGAAAAUGUGCUUAACGGAAUAAAUAUGAAUAUAUACAUUAAUAUAUAUAUAUAUAUAUAUAUAUAUAUAUAUAUAUAUAUAUAUAUAUAUAUAUAUAACUAUAUAAUUAAUAAAUGAUUGUGCUCUUCAUGCAGCGCGCAGUCUUGCGUGCAAAAAACGAACAGCACUUGCCGUCUCGCCACCAGAGGCCGCUCUCGUAAUGACAGCAGACCGGAAGCCGGAAAAACUAUCGGUAUGGAUUACAGAUUGGUAUUGACUAUCUGUGCCAAUUAUUUGGCAAAACCCGAUUUAUCGGUCGACCUCUAUACAAAAUGGAGCAAGAAGUUAGAGAUGAGGGAAGUUAAUAGUCUGUGCGAUGGGGCUGAUAGGGGGCAGGUUUAAUCCCAGACCCUUCAGCAAUGAAAAGCCUUCGAAAGGUUCCACACUUUGCACAAUAUCGGGCAAAUGGUUUAAUACAAACAAGUGUAGAGGUUCCUCUCAGCCUGCGGCAUCUCACUGCUGAAUGCUAAUGCUCUGACCUGGAUUUCUUUCUCUUUUGGAGAUUUAUUCUGUGUGUGUGCGGACGAGAUAAAGAAUCUUGGACGAAUAAAUGUUCAAAUCCAUUCAGCUAUGUACGUGGUGCAAAGUGGUUCUGGAAGUCUGAUUAGUGUGCAUGUUAUGCUCAAUUAAGAACGGGAUAAGAUGUAUGCUAGGUAGAACGUAGAUCUCCGGGGCUUAGUGGAUGUAUGUAUAGAUUCCUUUUUAAUGAAUGUGUGUGUAUGACUGUCUAUGUAAAUGUGUGUGUGCACCUUUUUAUUUUUUCUCAAAUUCAAUUUGAAAAGUGCAGUUUCUCCUUUUAGUUUUUUUUUUUUUGUUCAGUAAAAUAAACAAAUGUGAGGGAGUUUUUCAUAUGCACUUUAUCUUUUUUAUUACGUUUCCCAUUUUUUAAAAGAAUCUGUGGUUUGUAAUCUGGACGCAUGCUGGCUGCGUGUGUGUGUGUGUGUGUGUGUAGGAUGCAAUGUGCAAUGUAGUCUGUUUUUUUCUGUUUCUUGUGAAACUGGAUUUUCUUUUUACUCUGCUUAAACUGUGACAAUUAAAGAGAAAAUCGAUCACAAA